AAAAGUUUUUUUAAUCUGAAAACUUUUGUCUUUUUCAUGCUUUUAUUAUCAAAGUAUUAUAUAUGCACUAUAUUUUUCUAAAAUAUUUUAUUCAUUAUCUCAAGUAUUUCUAGAAUAUCCUUACAUUUUAACAAGUUAUACAACUUAAAAAAAAGAAAACCUUGUUACUAAAAGCAGAGGACCAACAACGAAACCCUGAAGAACAACUGCCACCUCAUAUGACUGUUUGAUUGAUUGUUUUUUUGAUUGAUUGAGUGAUUCCUUUAGUGUCAUGGAGCAUAAGCUGGAUCUUUCCCGUCUAACGGAUGAAGAGGCCAAACAUGUUUGGGAAGUGAUUCAACGAGAUUUCAACCUCCGCAAGAAAGAAGAAGAGAGACUCAGUGAGCUGAAGAAUAAAAUUGAGAAGGAGGACUCAAAACGAGAGCUGCUGGGCUCUCAGAGCAACUUAUCCGACUCGCUUUGUAUCCGCUGCCUGCAGCCCUUCAAGUUCCUGGUCAACAGCAAACGCCAGUGUCUGGACUGUCACAUGUACACCUGCAAGUCCUGCAGCCGCUACAACAAGAAGGAGCACGGCUGGGUGUGCGACAACUGCCGCAUGAACAGGGUGCUCAAGAUCGGGACUCUGGGCUGGUACCAUGACAACGUGAGAAACCGUUUCAAACGCUUUGGUAGUGCCAAAGUGAUGAGGUCAUUGUACAAGAGGCUGAACGGAGAAGGUGGGCGUGAUGAUGACACGCAGAGUAUGCCGGAUGUCCACAGUCACGCGUAUAAUGGCAAUGAGGAUGAUCAAGGAGAAUUCGAGGGUCAGCGCUACAAAGUGAUGAGGAAGAACAAACGUCUGCUGUCUGUUCAUCCUAUGGACUUUGACAAUGAGGAUUAUCUGCCUCACUCACGCCGUCCGUCUGUACAGCAGCAGCAGGAUGAUCGGUACUAUAGGAAUGACGUGGACUACGACCAUUACAGCCACAGAGGAAACCGCAGGAAGAGCCUGGACCGAUAUGCCAUGAGACCUGAUGACAACGGAGAGAAUCGGAUGGUCCGGACUCGCUCUCUGUCCAAGAUUACCUCGUCGGUGGCUCGGCAGCAGUACGUUGACACAUCAGACGAGGAGGAGUACCAGAGGUACCCGCAGAUGUACCAACAACCACCCCACCGCCGAAGGGGCAGUAGAACCUCCUCCCAGGAGAACCUGGGACAAGCCCCGCCGAUAAAUGAACUGAGCAAACGAAUGUUGGCCAUCGAGAGUCUGCUGAGCCGCCUGGAGGAAAAGAUUACACCUGGUGUAAACGAGCAGGCAUCAAAUCCAUCAGCUCAGAAUGAGGAGGAGAAACUGAGAAGGAAGCUUAGUGAGCUGGCGGGGAACCUGAGCGAUAAGGGCCCGUCAUCGGACGACGAAGCUGGGAAGAAGUCCUUUUCUGUGGGUAAAGGUUUGGCCGGACUGAAGGGUGGCCCAGCAAUCGCUCUGAACUCCCGGAAGAACAAAGAACUGAGCUCAUCCAGUGAUGAGAUGCCCACUGAGGCUCAAAAGGUGUACAUCACGGCCGGUCAGUCCUACGAGCUGGAGUCGAAGCUGCGGCGGCUCGAGCAAAGUGCCAAGAAUCAGUUUGGAGGGGCGACGGACUCGGAACUGUCUGAGCUUGAGGAUGUGGUGGCACUGACCGCCGCCAGAGUCCAGAGUGCUGAGAGCGAGGUCUCUGAUAUUGAGAGUAAAAUCGCUGCUCUGAGCGCCGCCGGAUCCAAGAAGAAGGUUUCAGGAACUCAGAGAAAAAAGUCGACACAGGAUUUUCAGAAAGCUAACGGCACUCAGUGGAAAUCCAGCAACAUGUUCUGAAGCAGAAACAGACCUUCAGCAGCUGCUGCUUGCUCCUCUUCGUCAUGAAGCCUUCAUCAUAGAGCAACUCAA